ACAGCCCUCGCAUUUAUUUACAUUUUUCAUUCAACCCUCAACCCUCGUGAAUAUCAGGAUUUGUUGAUUAGCUUUUAAAUAAAAUAAUAAUAAUUAUGGUAGAUCCUAAUUUUAUUGAAGUUAAUGAAAUCACAGGAUACUGGACAUAUUUGGCAAGCAUUGAUUGGAAGGAUCCGUGGCUGAUUGGUCUGAUGCUAUUACAUGUAUUGAUUACGGUGACCACUUUGAUGACAAGGAAUAGCAGCAAUUUCCAAGUAGUUCUAUUCUUAAUACUCUUAUCAGCAGCCUACUGCACAGAGAACAUAAAUGAGUAUGCGGCGGCGAGAUGGCAAAGUUUCUCCAAACAGCAGUACUUUGAUAGCAAUGGACUUUUUAUAUCGACAGUCUUUUCAAUGCCGAUUUUGCUGAAUUGUAUGCUUAUAAUUGGCACUUGGAUGUACAACUCCUUUCAGUUAAUGGUUAAGCUAAAGAGAGCACAACUAUUGCAACGAGUCCAGAAUGAAAAGCAAGAACAUAAAGCGGAGCGUACCAGCGAGGAACAUGCCAAAUCGGAGUAAAUUAUUUAAGGACAUCUAGCAGUACGAUUUGGAAAAUAUUUAAAGCUUUGGUAUCACACUUCAUAUAACUGGCAAUUUCUUGCGGAAUAUUGAAAGGGCCAUCCUUUUUAUGGCCAUGGAAGAAUACAUAUUAGAGAUUUAGUCGCAUUAUUUUUUUGUAGUCAUUUGUACUUAUAUAGACAUAAAUAUUAAAUAAUGGUGAAAACUU